AUGUCUACCAUUCGACCCGCCCAAGCAGCCACUGACCAUAGCAGUACNCCCCAAAACACUCCUCUUGACAAGGCCCCCAUCUCCUCCCGCGCACAACAGCCUGGCGUCUCCAGCAUUAAAGAAGAGGAUGCUGCUUCAAUAUUCGCUGCCAACCCCGCCCUCGUCUCCAUGAUGCAGAACAAGCUCAGCGGUCUUGUCGGAAGAUCAUCUGGUUACGUCGAGUCGCUCCCUGCUCCCGUCCGCAGACGUGUCGCCGGUCUCAAGGGUGUCCAGAAGGAGCACUCCAAGCUCGAGGCCGAGUUCCAGGAGGAGGUCCUUGCCCUCGAGAAGAAGUUCUUCGCCAACGCAACAAGAACCCGCAUUGUCAAGAAGACCAUCCCCACUCCCUCAUUCUUCGACUUCUUCAACCCUGCCAGCNNCCCCCCUACCGAGGACGACGAGGACGUUGAGGAUGACAUUGAGGCCAAGCUCGAGCUCGACUACCAGCUCGACGAUCGUCACUCGCAGACGGUGUAA